AUGGUGGAAGGAGACUCUUACGUGGAGACUUUAGACUCCAUGAUUGAAAUAUUCAAGGAUUACAAACCCGGUUCCAUAACUUUGGAAAAUAUAACAAGACUUUGUCAAACUUUAGGUCUCGAAUCCUUCACAGAGGAACUGAGUAACGAACUUUCAAGACUAUCUACUGCAUCGAAAAUCAUCGUGAUUGAUGUUGACUACAAUAAGAAGCAAGAUAGAAUUCAAGACGUCAAACUGGUACUAGCAUCUAAUUUUGAUAAUUUUGACUAUUUUAACCAGAGAGAUGGCAAACAAGAAAAAUUUAACAUUCUUUUAAACUCCUUAACAAACUACCCUGAUUUGAAAGCUUUUCAUAGUAAUUUGAAAUUUUUAUAUCUUUUAGAUGCAUACUCCCAUAUCGAGUCUGAGUCAUCCUCACAUAAUAAUGCUUCUGCUGACAAAAGCAUAGACUCAAGCAACAAUUCUCUCAACAACCAAGGUAAGCUUGAUUUGUUCAAGUAUUUUACGGAACUAUCACACUAUAUCAGGCAGUAUUUCCAAGACAAUUUAUGGGACUUUACAGUUAGGACCAAUUUAAAUGACAAGUUUGGGAUUUAUAUUUUAACACAGGAUCAGAACGGCAAGGAGGUGCCUUUGGCUAAGGUUUAUUUAGAUGAGAACAAGAGCAAUUCACAGUAUAGAUUUUAUGAAUACAUAUAUUCACAAGAAACUAAAUCCUGGAUAAAUGAAUCUGCUGAGAAUUUCUCUAACGGAAUAUCUUUAGUUAUGGAGAUUUCAGCAAACACUCAAAAGAAUAAUUAUACGGAUUUGAUUUGGUUUCCUGAAGAUUUCAUAUCAUCAGAGUUAAUUAUAGAGAAAGUUUCAAGUUCAUCAAAUUCGCCUUCUUCCCCGCCCAUCAUUGAUUUAUUUUCGAACAAUAACUACAAUAGUAAAAUACAUCUCAUGAACGAUUUUACAACGAAGUUAAUCAAUAUUAAAAAAUUUGACAUUAGCAAUGAUAAUCUAGAUUUGAUUGCUGAAAUACUAAAAUGGGUUCAAUGGUCCAGAAUAGUCCUCCAAAAUGUCUUUAAGCUAGUAUCCACUCCUAAUUCGAAAUUGAAUUCGCCAGAAUUUGAAGCGGAUCAUUCAGCUCCAUUUUCCAAUUUGAAUAAAGACAAAACCUCAACAGCAUCUAAUACUGAGCCAAUUUCAAAAACUAAUCGGCACGGAAGUGUGGUAGAGGCAUCCAGAAGAAGGCGUUCAUCAACGAAUAAAAGCAAACGUCCCAGUAUAACCGAGGCGAUGAUGCUGAAAGAGGAAGGUCUCCAGCAAUUUAAUUUGCAUGAAAUUUUAUCCGAACCCGUUAUAGAAGAAGAAAAUGGAGAUGGUAUCAAAGAGCAGUCUGCAACGACAAAUGGUGGUAGUGGCCUCAGAUUUACUGCUUCUGUUUCGAAUCAAGAGAACGGAGAAACCGACAAUACGAUGGACAACCAAAGUGUUCCACAACGUACUAAUUCGGAGUAUAAUGGUGCACCAGCAGGUGAAGUAGACAUUGAAAUGAAAGACGUUAGUUCUAAGGCUAAGGAAGCUGACUCAUCGGUUUUACAAUUAAUUGUCAGUGAAGACCGUAUCAUUCUCGAUAAUAUUUCUGAAUGCAACUUGUAUGAUGACGUAACAUGCUGGAACAGGUUUGUUGAAAAAUUCCAGAAUAUUGUCAGCUAA